CGUGGGUUAGCACGAGUAGUCGAAAAGAGGUAAGCCGUAAGGCGAGACGCGGAGGCCCCAUCGAAUUGCGCUGCAGCUCUUGACGCGGUCCGCUCGAAGCUGUUUGUCUUUUCUUUUUCUUCGAAGAACCAUGCCUCUCCCUCCCAGAGCCAGGCUCGGAAAUAAGCUCCUCAUUCCAGCUUUUGUCCCCCAUGCCAGUGGCAGGCCAUGUCAUCACGUAAAAAGGCAAAAAGGGACAUGGGCCAUGGACGAAUCAGUGCCACCAACCAGACACCCCUCCCGAGGAGAAAUCGUGACUCGUAUUUGGUGGCUGGCGAAGAAGAAGAAGAAAAUCGAAAGAAGGCGGCUGACUGUGCAAACGGGAAUCCAAUAUGCACUGUGUGUGCGGCAUCGUAAGCGGCAUAAUAUUGGCACUGUAUUCUGCCCUCAUGCACGAACUACCUUCGGAUACAUUCAAGCGGCCGGGGUGGGCGCUGUGUUGCUCCGUACUGCAGCGGUACUGAAAAUUGGGGCACAGUUUACCGCUUCCGGCGCAAUAUAGCGAGGGAAGACCCCAUUUAUCCGACAGCGAAGAGAACCCACUUCUUAUCAAACAUGACUAAUCUCGCUAGUCUUGUUGGGGCUAAUACGGAACACUGCUGACAAACUCCGAUCGGGUUUUGAGGAGCUGCAGGUGUCGGCUUGGAA